CCACUUAACCCCACAAAAGGGAAAAAUAGAUAAACAAAUAGAUAAAUGGGAAAGACGAUUUAAUUGUCUGAUAAUCAGUCUCAGUCACCUUCGUUAGAAAUCAAGAAAAUCCCAAGAAAUACCUUACAAAUUCAUGCUUCUAAUUUACUGUAUUGUAAGGGCAUCUCUCUCCUCAUCACCUACCACUGAUAACUCCAUCCCUUCUUAUUAUCCCAACCACUCAGAAUUCCAUGUCCUUGCACUUCUCUCUGCAAACACAGGAGUUCUGUUGUCCAUUUUGGGUUGAGUUUUUGAAGAAGAAGGUUCAAGUGUGGUGUCAGAAAGCUCCUUCACAGCUUAGAUUUAGACUCGCAUUUGCUCCACGAACAAGGAAAUCUCUGCAAAUUGGCUAUAUAAUUGGUGUUCUUGAGUAUUGGGUUGAUUUGCCAUUCUUUUGAUUGGGUCCUUAUAACAUGUGUUUUUGGGUUUCUUUGGUCAGAGAUCUAGGGUUGGUGUUUUGUUCUUUGUCCAACAGGAGGCUAUGGUGAAGGGGUUUCAGAGAUCUGGUCUCUAGAGCUUUACUUUUGUAAAUCCUACCAUUAUUCAAAGGUAUAUCAACACUAGAAAGCAUGACAACUGAUCUUAAUGCUGAACUAUCCAAGAAAACUGAUGUCUUGGGUCUCAAGGUUUGGGAAUUGAUUGGGAUUGUUGUCGCAUUAUUCAUCGUAAUUAUCCUGUGUGUGUUAUCAUUGUGUCUCACUUCAAGGAAGAAAUCAAGAAGUUCUAGAGAUAGGCUUCCUGUUAAUCAAAUCCCAACUGUUUCAAAGGAAAUCAAGGAAGUAAGGGUGGAGCAAGUAUCGACAAAUGAAUUUGUUCCACGUGAUGGGAUUCUUCUUACCAUUCAUGACAAAUCCAGUGACAAAGAAUCAGAUAAGGUUCUGGUCCAUUUGGGUAUGGGGAAGACAAAGAAUGGAGAUAAUAGCAGUCAAUCUGGUUCAUUUCAUCAUUUAGAGAAAGAUGGAUGUGGGUCUCAAUCAGGGGAAGAAGGGAGCUCUGGCACAGUUACCAUGUACAAGCCUUCUUCAUCAUAUCCAAUAACUGCUCCUUCUCCUCUUGUUGGUUUGCCUGAAUUCUCUCAUUUGGGUUGGGGUCACUGGUUCACAUUAAGGGAUCUUGAACUUGCGACAAAUCGGUUUUCAAAGGAAAAUGUGCUUGGUGAAGGUGGAUAUGGAGUGGUUUACAGAGGACAGUUGAUCAAUGGGACGCCAGUGGCAGUUAAAAAGAUCCUCAACAACCUGGGUCAAGCAGAGAAAGAAUUUAGAGUUGAAGUUGAAGCUAUUGGGCAUGUGCGCCACAAGAAUUUGGUUCGGCUUCUUGGAUAUUGCAUUGAAGGGACCCAUAGGAUGUUGGUCUAUGAAUAUGUCAGCAAUGGGAAUUUGGAGCAAUGGCUUCAUGGAGCUAUGCGCCAGCAUGGAUUUCUUACUUGGGAUGCCCGCAUGAAGAUUCUUCUCGGGACAGCUAAGGCUCUUGCCUACUUGCAUGAGGCCAUUGAACCAAAAGUGGUGCACCGGGACAUUAAAUCAAGUAACAUUUUGAUUGAUGAUGAUUUCAAUGCCAAGGUUUCUGAUUUCGGUCUGGCCAAGUUGUUGGGUGCUGGGAAAAGUCAUAUCACAACUCGAGUUAUGGGAACCUUUGGAUAUGUGGCUCCUGAAUAUGCAAAUACUGGCCUUUUGAAUGAAAAAAGUGAUGUUUAUAGCUUUGGGGUUGUGCUUUUGGAAGCAAUUACUGGAAGAGAUCCUGUGGACUAUGGUCGCCCUGCCCAAGAGGUUAAUCUGGUUGAUUGGCUUAAAAUGAUGGUUGGAAGCAGGAGGUCAGAAGAAGUUGUAGACCCAAACAUUGAGGUCAGACCAUCUACAAGAGCCUUAAAACGAGCUCUUUUGACUGCUCUGAGAUGUGUUGAUCCAGAUUCUGAGAAGAGACCCAAAAUGGGCCAAGUUGUACGUAUGCUCGAGUCUGAGGAAUAUCCCAUACCAAGAGAGGAUCGAAGGCACCGAAGAACUCAAGCAGGUAGCAUGGAGAUUGAGUCUCAGAAGGAGAAUUCUGACACUGAUCAGAGUGAAAAUAUGGGUUCAAGGUCAGAGAGUAGAGGCUACCACAGGACAUAACCAAACAAGAGAUUCAUUUAGAGGAUCUGAGGGGUAUACAAACUGGGGAAUUUCUUACAAUUUUUUCAGCCUUUCAAAUUCUUGGGUUUGCCUAUCUAAGCUGAUAUCUAGGUCAUGAAGGAUGGGUUAAUUCAGGAGGGAGAGUAUCUUUUUCCUUUUUCCUUUUCCUUCUUGUUUUUAUUUGUAGAUGGAGAGAUGAUUGUUUGUGUAAGAAAGUGGUGGGUAUUGUGAAGAACCCAAGAUAUUGGGGGUGUGUACAGCUCUGGUAGCUCUUUGGAAUUGUUUGAUUAAUUGCUCGUCUUUCUGUUAAAGAAAAAACCACUGUUCUUAUGAUUGCAUCAAGAAGACUACUUUCAUUUCAUCUG